CGAGCUGAAGUUACAGACAUUGUUUCAUAAAGCAAGAUAGAAUGUCCAAACAGUAAUAGCUCUUAGUUCCUUCUGUCUUCGUUCUCGAAUUUUACCUGGUAGCUAAUUGUUGCUGCUUCAUUGGAACCUCAGGUACAAAGCGAUACUGUAAAAGGCACGUAGUACGGGGUUUUCGUUAGUCAAGUUAUUAACAGAAGGAAUAUGAUUAAGCCUGAUAAAUUGACGAAAAGCUAUUUGUUCUACAGGGAAUAUCACAAACAACCAGGAAAUGUACUAGUCCAUAAGAUUUUUGUCCCUAUUUUGUUGCACACGGCCUUCGUGUUGCUUGCUUCAAAAGACUUACAUAUAAACGCUACAUUUGGAAGCGAUGGGGCAAGUGGUCAUUUCCAAUGUGAUACUACUUUCGCUAUUCCUGCCUUUUUUAUUUACUUUCUGUACUAUUUACGACUUCGGGUUUCCCUGGCCUUGCUGUAUCUUCCAGUUUUUUAUCUCUUAACGCUUGGCCUUGCUUCUUUCUGGCUUUCUCACUUUGAGGUUUCGCUUGUGGAACGUUUAGCUUUUCGUAUUCAUAUUGUCUCAUGGAUUGUUCAGUUCAUUAGUCAUAAGUACUCUGAGCAUCGCCGUCCAGCAUUGUUCAAAAACCUCGUCCAAUCUCUUAUGUUUGCUCCAAUUUUUGUGUUCAUUGAGACUGUGUUCUCGUUGGGCAUGUACUCUCAUUUGAAAUCUCGUUUGCAUCGACUUGAGCGCGAACGAACGGGGGGCCUUCAAAAGAUGGAGAAAUUCCUUCCGAAAGCAGAUAAUGAGUUGUUCCCCCAUGAAGUGUUACAUCCUGCACUUUCUCAGCCCGAGUUCCGCAGAAUUACCAGUCGCUAUGUUAUUCGUCCGCUCCGCCAGACAGAUUUGACCCAAGAUUAUCUUUACUUGCUUGAUGUCCUCGCAGCUGCAAAAGAGAAGCCUUCUCUUUAUCACUAUAAAGACAUGUUCUAUGACAUGAAGAAACGUUACGAAGACACUUAUUUCAUUAUUGUCGCUCAGGACCAUGAAACAGGAGUCAUUGUUGGAACAGCAUCACUGAUCAUCGAACACAAGUUUAUCCGUGGAUUGGGUACUUGCGGGCACAUUGAAGAUGUAGUCGUGCAUCCUCAAUACCAAGGUCAAUCUCUUGGAAAAACACUUCUCACAAUCUUAAUUGAUUUGGCCAAAAUUCUUGAUUGCUAUAAAGUAAUUCUUGAUUGUGAUGAAGAAAAUGUUGAGUUCUAUCACAAAUGUGGACUCAAGCGCGCAGGUGCCCAAAUGAAACUUUACUUGAAGCAGCACUAAAUGUAUCUAUAAGAAAAAAAAUUCUAACGAAAUGACUUUUGCACUAUCAUUUCAUCAAUGAGAUCAAAAACAACUAUGAACAUUGGUUCUACUCGAGACGUUGAAGAAGGUAAUCAACCUCAACCUUCUUCGUCAUUGGAAUCACAUAAUCCUAAAAACAUUAGUUAGCAAUAAAAUGCACACACGAUAGCAGUAUAAACAUACGCGAUAAAUACUAACAAC